AUGUCCGUAUUGAUUGCAGAACCCUAUCACUUACUCUACAUCCCUAAAUUGCCCCUUUUACUGAUGAUCCCGUUGCCGUUAAGACUUGACGGUGCCGUUACCCACAUCGUCUAUUUUUUUUUGUGUCUGGAUCGUGGCAGGCAAUCGUGUCGGCUUCUCUAUUAUACCCCGGCCACAUUUUCUUUUUUUCCGUUAUUUUUUUCAUGUAACAUCAGGUUAUUUUUUCCGUUACAGAUUUUAUUUUUAUUUCACACAGUGGAAUGUGAGUUAAUUACACAAUGUACCACUGAUCGUUUCCUUUCAAGGACCCACAAAAGCUAUGGCUACACCCACACUCGCACAAGGUCACAGCCAUGACUCUUUAUGGGACGAGCGUCUUGGGAAGCGUGUGAGUUAUGUUAGCACGUGCCGAGUCAGUUCUGAGUCGCGCGUGUUCAUGUUGUACUCUUUUUCUUCACGCGCUUCAAUCUUAGCAAAUAAAAAAUCGAAACUAUAAGCAAAAUUCAUGUUUACGGAUUUGAUAGAAUUAUCGUGAAUUAUA